AUGUAAUUUCAGUUUUUCCCACUCGUAUAGAAGUCGGAAGAAAAUUAGAAGGUAGAAAAAGAAAGCCGAACAAGAGAGCUCGUUGUUGUAUGAACUGUGUUUGUCUCGGAAAAUGGGGGAUUACAAGAAAUUCGAGACGAGGAAGAGAAACCCAGAUCCGAAAACCGCCGUUCUCUUGGUAAUCGACAUGCAGAACUACUUCUCAUCGAUGGGGAAGCCGAUUUUACCCAACAUCAACACGACUAUCGGUCUCUGUCGAAGUGUUUCGGUUCCAGUAAUCUUCACCCGCCACUGCCACAAGUCACCGUCAGACUACGGCAUGCUGGGGGAGUGGUGGAACAACGACCUGAUCAUUGACGGGACGAUGGAGGCGGAGCUGAUGCCGGAGUUGGGACGGAAAGGCGGCGACAAGGUGGUGGAGAAGAACACUUACAGUGCGUUUCGAGGGACGGGGUUAGAGGAGUAUUUGGUGGACAGGGGGAUUAAGGAGGUCAUAAUCACAGGGGUUAUGACGAAUUUGUGUUGUGAGACGACAGCGAGAGAGGCGUUUGUAAGAGGGUUUAGGGUUUUCUUCUCGUCAGACGCGACAGCCACUUCGACGAGAGAGCUGCAUGAAGCGACUUUGAAGAAUAUGGCUUAUGGGUUUGCUUAUUUGGUUGAUUGCAAGAGACUGAAGGAUGGUUUUUCCGUUCAAAAAGUAAACUAGCGAUCUGAUCUGAAAUCUCUCAUUCUCUCUAUCACUCCCUCCAAAUCUUCAUUUGGGUCUGUAAAUGUGUUUCUUUCCCAAGAGAUCAAAAGAUCGAUGUCUAUGUUAAUCUCAUGGUAAUUGUGGUUUGUGGUUUGGAUGUCAUUUUUUAUUGCUUUUUGACAACAGGAAAACUGCACUAGCCUGUAGCUUGUUAGGUUUGAUUUGAGUAAGAUUUUUUUUUUUUU